AUGCCUAUCCUGCGCCUAAAAACCGUUUUCCCCCUCGUCGCCAUCCUCUCCAUCGUUUUCUUUUUCUGGGGCAUCGACCGCUACGAUCGCGAGGCCCUGUCCAACCUCAAGAAGCCCAUCGAGCAGCUUCAGAAUACAGCCGCCGCUGCUGUCUCGAAUACCAACACCCCCCAGAAGCCCCAGGUGCAGCUGCCUCCGCAGACCUUUGGCAGCUGCGAAUUCGAUCCCGCCUCUGCUCCCCCCCUCGCCUUCACCGAAUGGCUCCAGCGCAAGAACUUCACCCGCUCCUAUAUCCGUCCUCAUCACGUUAGCGGCGACAAGCAGUUCAAGACUCUAGAGGAGAUCAAGGCCCCCGUGCUACCUCCCUUCCACGCGCUGGAGCGUGGCCUGGUCAUUUCGCCCGAGAACAAGGGCCAGCCCCUGCCAUGUCCGCCCGUCGUUGACGUCGACGUCUCCAUGGACCACGAUGUCGUCGAGACCUCCAAAAUGCUCUUCGGUCUCGCCACCACCGUCGACCGUCUCGAGCGCAUGUUGCCCUCGCUUCUGUACUCAUUGGGUGAUUCCCAGGCUGGCCUGCUGGUCUUGGUCCCCGAAUCCGACGACGACCUGGCCGUCCAGGAAUCCUACUUCCGUUCUCGCGGUCUCGACGUGACCCUCGAGUCCUCUCCCUUGGAGUUUACCGCCCGCUACUUCGGCCUCGUCGAGGCGUUCACCUACCACAUCAAGUCCAAGCGACCCCAGACUCAAUGGGUCUCGUUCAUCGACGACGACACCUUUUUACCCUCGGUCGCUUCCGUCGCCCAGCAACUCAAACAGCUGGACUCGUCCAAGAAGCACUACAUUGGCGCCCUCUCCGAGGCCAGCUGGCAGGUCGACACCUGGGGCCACAUGGGCUUUGGUGGUGCCGGAGUCUUUGUGUCCACACCGCUGCUGGCAGGCCUGAUGGCCAACUACGAUGAAUGCCAGUCCUGGGGCGAGCAGCCUGGUGACCAGAAGCUGGGCCAGUGCAUUGAGCGCUUUGGUAACACCCAGCUUACCGCUUGGUCAUCCCUCUACCAGAUGGACAUUACUGGUGCUCCCGACGGAAUUUUCGAGUCUGGCCGCCCCAUCCACACUUUGCACCACUGGUCCAGCUGGUACACCAAGGACGUCGUCAAGAUGAGCGCCGUCGCAGCUGCUGCCGGUAAGCGAUCGGUCCUGCGCCGCUGGAUCUUUGACCAACAAACCAGCGUGGACGCAACCACCGGCCAAUCCAUUCGUACUUACUGGGUGCUUACCAACGGUUACUCCAUUGUCAAGUACACUCUUUCGGCCAGCACCCCCGAGAAUGCCAUCAACUUUGACGAGUGUGAGAAGACUUGGGAGGAGGACAUGAGUGGGUACCAACAAAGUCUCGGCCCUCUACGCCCCAAGGACGUUGACGGCGUCACCAAAGAGCGCUGGCUGUUGUCCGAUGCCACCAUCAUCGGAGACAACGUUCACCAGGUCUACUCGCGCGAGGAGGACCAGAGCCACAGCCUGAUCGAACUCGUCUGGCUCGGCCCCAAGGGUGGUGGCGGUGCCGGCGUGUUCAACCCUCAGGGAACCGCUUGA